AUGAACAUAAAAGUCACACUGUUAACUGAUGUAUUGAACCCAACGGCGGCGCUGGACAGCCGCCACUUCCGUCACGUGACAGUGGACUCGGACACCGCCGCCACUCUGACCGUACAAUCGGGUGACAAACUAUGGCUGGAACUGCCGGGCGAUAGUCUGGCCGACAACGACCAGCUCAUCGACGCGCUGAUGGCCAGAAUCGGGGCCAACGUGUCGGCCGUAUAUGUGCUGACAGGCGCCGAGAAUCAGUUCCAGUCCAUCGAUUUGGAGGACCCGGUGCUCAACGAGAUUGACGACAAACCGCUGACUGUAGACAAGGCUAGCGCUGAGCGCAAGCGACGGGUCCGGCGGGCGGCCAUUACAGAGGACGACAAAAAGCGCCUGAUCAAUGUCAACGACUGCCUAUUCAUGUACACCACCAGCAUUACUGUGAACCAAGUGGACCAGAAGGACCCUCUCGUGGUGUUUGACCCAUUGAAACAGGACCCGGCCACCAUGGUCGAUAAGGCCAACUCCAGGUGCUGGAAAGCCACGGGUGGCAAACAGGAAGAGACCGGAAAGUUGACGCUUAACUAUAAGAACGGCACCAAAUCGUUGACACUCGCGCUCGAGAUUAAUUCGUAUUGGUAUAAAACAGGCCUAACCAAUUACUGGAACAUUAUGUACGCCAAUGUGACCUACAAGAGCUCGGAUACGGCCACUCCCGAAGUUUAUGAUAAGUUGGCCGCCGGCGACAUUACCGCUGAAUACAAUUUUGGUUUCAGUUGUACCAAAUUGAUCAUACAAUCGCCCAGUUUAGACGAUAAGGGAGCUAAGGUUGAAAAGCGUAUAGCGUUAACAUUCUCCCGAUUUCAAUUGCAACCAUUCCUCUCGAAGAAAAUAUUUACCGAGUCGUUCAACUGCGAGACCUGGAUGACCAUGCCACUUUGGAUGGGCCUGUUGACUCUGAUCAUGCUAUUCACCAUAUUGUUUGUUGGCGUGUACUUUGUGUCCAUUGUGAACACUCCCGAUCGGUUUGAGAAUCCCAAGAGUAAACCCCUGAUGAUCAAUACGUCCGAAGAUUAGUGGUCUGCGCGGACACGCAUAUCGGGAGUUGAUUGUAGUGAUUUUAUUUUAAACUGUUUACCGAUAUUGUUUAUUUAAAUUAUUAUUUUUCCUCUAAACUGUAGUGUAUUUAAUAGUAAACAGUGUUUUUAUGCUCACAAUUAAUCGGAUUAUUAUUUUAAUUAAUUACAAUUGAAUUUAAUUUUAAUUUAACGCAGUCUGUGAUCUCAAACAAUCAUAUACUAUGAUUAUUUAAACGUGUUUAAUCAAGUGCUACUAAUUAUAUAACCCUCACCCCCUCUUAUGCGCUGUAUGUGCUCGGAGUUGGCGGAGGUUAAGUCCCAUAUAAACA